UAAAGCACAUAUUGAAAAAAAGGAGCUAAAAGCUUUAAGCUAACCAAAUAUAUAUCAAAAGUGAAACAUAGCCUAUAGGAUAGGCAACCAUUGCAUAGCAAAGCCAACAGUAGCAGCCGCAGCAGCAGUAGCAACAGUAGGAGCCAGCCAGCGCGACCAAAGCACCAAAUUAGCUCUUAACAACGCUUAAUAAUAAUAGCACAAUAGCACUAACCCAACGGAGAUGGUGUUUUAGCCACAAAAAAAAAAAAAGGAACUAAAAAAAAACACUCACAUCCAUACACAUAUUCGUACUAGUCUAAACUGCAACAGCAUUACAGCGCGUUUUGCAUACAUUACAAUCAAUCAACAUACAACUUGCUGCAUACAUAACCACAUAUGAAUAUAACAAAUAAGUAAUAAAAAAAAAAAAACAAUACUAAAACCAAGCUACAAGCAAGCAGUAUUUUGUGCACGACUCGUGUAACGCGAAAAAAGCAAGUAAAAGAAAUUGAAAAAUGGGUUGCUUAAGUAGUAAAGACCGCUUGACUAAAGAGGAUAUGGAGUUUUUGAAAUCUCAUACACGUUACGAUGAAGCCACAAUUAAGGAAUGGUAUAAAGGAUUCAAGCAAGAUUGUCCCAACGGACGCUUGACGCCAGCCAAAUUCGUGGACAUGUACAAAAUGUUCUUCCCAUCUGGUAAUGCUGAGGAGUUUUGUGAUCACGUUUUUCGCACCUUCGACAUGGAUAAAAAUGGUUAUAUUGAUUUCAAGGAAUUUUUAUUGGCCAUAGACGUUACAUCGAGCGGCACUCCCGAGGAGAAGCUCAAAUGGGCUUUCCGUAUGUACGACGUAGAUGGUAAUGGCGUAAUUGACAUACAAGAAAUGACGAAAAUCGUUCAGGCCAUAUACGAUAUGCUUGGCGCGUGUUCAUCAAAUCGACCAGCCGAUUCUGCAGAGGAACGUGCAAAAAAUAUUUUCGCUAAAAUGGAUGAAAAUAAUGAUGGUCAAUUAACUCAAGAUGAAUUCUUGAAAGGGUGUCUGCAAGAUGAAGAACUUUCAAAAAUGUUGGCCCCAUAAACGCAUAGAUUGCAUAAAACAAAAACAAAAAGUUAAGCAACAAAAAUCAACCCCGAAAAAAGAACCAAAGAACAUACCAAACAAAAUAAAGAAGAAAGAGAAGAAGAAGAACAACAACAAGAUCAAGAAGGAGAAACUUGAAGAAUGAAAAGAAAAACCAAACAACAUACAAAAGAAGAACAAAUGCAAUGACAUGAAAAUGAACCAUUGUGGUUUAUGUAAUUUAUUGAAUCAUUUAUAUCAUAAAAUUUAUAAAUUUACAUUUCCUAAAAAUGAAUACUAAGGCAUCUACUAAAAAUUAA